UUACCAAUAUGUUCACUUACAAGGAACCUUUGUCAUUAUGCUCACCAAUGAUCAAGAAACACUCUCUCCAUUGCCACAGCAGAUGAGAUCAACUCAAGCAGAACGACCUCAUUCUGAAGUUUGGAAACAUUUCUCAAAAAUACAGGUAAAAAAUUCCAAAGACCAUUAUAGUGCAAGAUGUAAUUAUUGUACUAAAUCAUAUAACCACGGAGAACCACAAAAAUUAUUGGCACAUUUAGCAAACCAUUAUAUAAGUUGUGAUUCUCAAACCACAAAUUUACACAAAAAUCCUAAUGUUA